UUAUGGUGAUUAUGAUGAUGAAGAUGAAGAAGAGGAUGAUGAUGAUGACAUGAUAGAAGUCAGCAAAGGUUUCAAACUCUAUAAACAGCUGUAUGACAAACUUUACCCUUACCAACGGGAAGGAGUGAGUUGGUUUUGAAGCUGUUCGUGUCUAAAAAAGGGUGGCAUCAUGGGAGAUGACAUGGGCUUAGGUAAAACGAUCCAGGUGAUUGCCUUUCUUAGCGGCAUGUUUGAUGCUGAACUCAUUCGGUCUGUGCUGAUCACCAUGCCAGUCUCUCUUCGAUACCAAACUGGGAGAGGGAAAUGGAAAAAUGGGCACCUGGGAUGAGAGUGCUAGCAUACCAUGGCACAAGCAAGCGGGAGCGGGAGCGAGUCCUGGACAAGGUGCAGCGAAGUGGAGGAGUGAUCCUUACCACAUAUGGCAUGCUGAUCUCCAGCUGGGAGGAGCUUGGCAAGCACCGUCACCGGCCAUUCACCUGGGACAUGGUGAUUUUGGAUGAGGGGCACAAGAUUAAGAAUUCAACAAAGUCAUCCAAAGCAGCACAUGCCAUUCCUGCUAAGCUGCGAUAUGUGCUGAGUGGCACACCUCUUCAAAAUGAUCUGAAGGAGUUGUGGGCCCUGUUCGACUUCGUUCACAAAGGAACACUGCUAGGAACAUGUAGAACGUUCAACAUGGAAUAUGGCAAUCCCAUCAAAAGAUCAAGGGAAAAGGACGCUACGAUGGGAGAGAAGCGUCUUGGAGCAGAGAUGGCUGAGAGUUUACGACACCUCAUUAAACCCUACUUCCUACGACGCACUAAAGCAAUGGUGCUAGAAGAGAAAUCAGAUAAAGAGAACCACCCAGCCAAUGAUCAGAAGCCUGCCACCAAACACAAGAUAGUGCCAUUCAAGUUGACACAGAAGAAUGAAUUCAUCGUUUGGUUGUUCCUGUCAGACUCACAAAAGCAAAUUUACAGUGAUUUUAUCUCCCUUGAUAGAGUGAAUAAGAUCCUUAUGACCAGCCGGUCUCCUCUAGUGGAGCUCACCGUCUUAAAGAAGCUGUGUGAUCAUCCGCGCUUGAUGUCCAAUGCGGCAUGCAGCCAACUUGGUCUCGAUGGACAGGAUGGAUUGGACCUGGACGACGACGCCCUGGCGAAGCCCGCUAACAGUGUGAUGCGCAUCGACCAUGUUGAAGAUGCGGUGCUCAUCGCCGAGUCGGGAAAGAUGGCCGUUCUUGUCAAACUCCUUGACAACCUGAAGCAGCAGAACCAUCGGUGCCUCGUGUUCUCACAGAGCAGAAAAGUGUUGGACAUCAUCGAACGGGUUCUGAAAAACAAGGGGUUCAAAGUGAUGAGGAUGGAUGGAACCAUCACCAAGACGCAGGAGCGAGAGAGGAGAGUGAAUAAGUUCCAGCGAGAUCCGUCCUACUCUGUAUUUCUGUUAACCACUCAGGUGGGAGGGGUUGGCCUUACUCUGACCGGUGCUGAUAGGGUCGUCAUAUACGAUCCGAGCUGGAAUCCGGCGACGGAUGCGCAGGCCGUCGACCGCGUGUACAGGAUUGGUCAGGACAAGCCUGUCGUCGUCUACCGCCUCAUCACGUGCGGCACCGUCGAGGAGAAGAUCUACAGGAGACAGAUCUUCAAGGACUCGAUCACGCGGCAGACGACGGGAGGCGUACAGAACCCCUUCAGGUACUUUUCCAAGCAGGAUCUGUAUGAACUGUUUUCCCUCGAUGAUCCUUACACAUCCACCACACAGAUUCAGCUAGAGCAAAUGCACUCGAAUCAGCGCAAGACAUACACAGAACUGGACGAGCAUGUGGCAUUUUUAUACUCGCUAGACAUAUUUGGGCUGAGCGAUCACGACCUGAUGUUUAGCCAAGAAGACGCAUCUCACUCAGAUGUUGAGGAUGAAAAGGAGAUAGAUUACAUCAAGGCCAGAGUGCAGAAGGCUCAGCAGACCGUACAAAUGGAGGCUAACAUGAACGUAGACCUCUACGAUGGGGCUGCGGCUCAGGGCCCUGUAACUGGAGCAGACCAACCUCUUCUCGACCUGAACCAGGGUCAGGAAGAUAUAAACCCUACGCAAUGGAAGUUCUGA